UACCGAUCCACAAGAGCCAUGAAACUUUUGGUCCUUGCCGUGUUCCUCUGUGUUACAACUACGGUAACACUUGCCGGCCAAGCAUACGGACCAGGCGGCUAUGGUGGAGGCAACUACAGAGGCUACGGAGGAGGUCGUGGCGGUGGGGGUGGUGGAUACGGUGCAGCUUACGGUGGAGGCGGCGGAGGCUACCGUCGCGGUUACUCUGGAGGAAAUGCCGCUGGUUAUGGUGGAGGAUACGGCGGAGGCAACGCUGGCGGAUAUGGUGGAGGCUACGGUGGUGGAUACGGUGGAGGAAACACAGGAGGAUAUGGUGGAGGCUACAGUGGUGGUUACGGCAGAGGAAACGCCGCUGGAUACAGCGAUGGCAACGUUGUCGGAUACGGGGGAGGCAACGCUGGUGGAUACGGUGGCGGCAACGCUGGCGGAUACGGUGGCGGUAACGCCGGUGGAUACGUUGGUGGCAAUGCCGGCGGAUACGGUGGGGGCAAUGGCGGCGGAUAUGGUGGUAGAUACGGCGGAGGAAACGGUGCGGGAUACGGAGGAGGCUAUGGUGGUAGAAACUACGGCGGCUACGGGGGUGGAUACAGUGGAAGUUAUGGUGGUGGAUAUAAUGGAGGGUACGGUGGAAGAUACGGUGGUGCCUACGGUAGUGGCUAUGGUGGAGGCUACGGUGGAGGCAAUCGUGGAGAAAACGGUGUAGGCUAUGGCGGUGGAUACGGCAGAGGCUACGGUGGUGGCUAUGGCGGAGGCCUUGGUGGACUUUUUGGUGCUGGCUAUGGCGGUGGCCACGGUGGAGACUAUGGCGGAGGAUAUGGCGGAGGUUAUGGUGCUGGCUAUGGUGGUGGCUACGGUAGUGGCUUCGGUGCCGGUUUGAAGCCUGGCAUAAGCUCUGCCGCGGAAAUAUAUGAUUAUUGGAGAUGA